AGAGAUAAAUAAAAGAAAUUGUUUACCAUGGCGGACAGCGUGGACGUAGUAGAUGCGGAGUCAGUUCGUAACAUGAAGGUCGCUGACCUAAAGAAAGAACUCAAGGCCCGGGGCCUUUCCACUGCGGGGAACAAAAGCGAGCUUACCGAGCGCCUCGAAGCCGCUCUCGGGUUGCCUAAAGUAGACAUGAGCGACGUGCAGCUUGACGAAAGUCUGGAUCAAGGUGUGGACGUGAAUGAAGACGCUCUCCUAGAAGAGGGCCUUCUGCUUCCCCCAGAGGGCAAGGCCAACAAUGGAGAUGUUCUCGCCGGUGAAGAGGAGCUGCUAGCCACGCCUGUCAUGAAGGAGCCGCCGGCUGCUUCAAAGUUAAGCCUGGAAACUGGAAGCCUUGGUGCACAGUCCACAGCUGUUGCCGCUCCUGGCGCCAUGCCACAAAAGACUGUUGUCACCCCUGCAGCCAAGGAACCAGCCGUGACCGAAAAUGAGGCCAAGAAAGUUCGGCUGAAAGUGACCACCCUACCAGAAGAAGGAAAAGAUGGUUCCGCAGCGACGGCUGAUGCUGCCAAGGUGCCCACUAAGGGGCUUUCUGUGGAAGAGAGGAUAUCCCUUCGCUCCAAGAAGUUCAACAUGCCACUUUCGGACACUGCACGACUCAAAGUACGGAUGGAAAGGUUUGGUGCUACUGCUCUGAACAGCCCAGCGGCAUCAAAGGCGACUGCAAAGACCACGCCAAGCUCGGUGAAACUGUCGCGAACCUCCAUUUCUGCAAACCCACCCCCUGUUGACUUGGCAAAGUUGAAAAAGCGAGCGGAGCGGUUUGGGCAGAGUGUGUCCACCGUGGCAAAAGAUUUGGAGGAUAAGGAGAGGCUUCUUAAGCGAAAGCAGAGGUUCACCUCCACGCCAGCGCCAGAUGCAUCAAAAAAGGCAAAGACGAUCACCACCUAGACUCAACUAUUUUCGCUGUUUUCAAAGAGACUGCACAGCUACAAGUGCACGUGACUAUCCUCCAGAAGCUGCUGGACGUUUAAAAAUUUAACACCUGAAGACCCUCAUCAACAUCAAUGUGUUUUUGUUACAAAGAUAAUAAAUUAUUCAUCUCAUUUAGUAAA